UCUAAAAAUCAAAACAAUCAUGAGGUUAGGUUUACAUGACUGCCGCUAGUCAUCCAAUCGAUAACAAAAGGAGCAUGAACAUUUCAAUAUCAUCAUGAACAUCGUAAUAUUUUGUUCAAAAUUUAUUCUUUAAAUUUAAGCAUCAAAUUGAUUAAAUCAUUUGUUUGUUUUCCUUUGAUAAUUGUGUCAAAUUUUUGUUGUCUGUAAAUCAUUUCAAUAAUGUCCAAAGAUUGCUACAAAACUCUAGGAAUAUCCAAGGAUGCAAGUGUUAGUGAAAUUACAAAGGCUUACAGAGAGUUGGCUCUCAAAUAUCACCCUGAUAAGAACAACGAACCUGGUGCUGAGGCCAAAUUCAAAGAGAUAUCGAUUGCUUACAAAGCUCUAAUGGACGACAAAGCUCGUGAGAUGCCACACGCUAUGCAAACUGAAGAUGUUUUCGAGCCAGACAUAACUGCAUUGCUUAUUGCUGCUGGAAUCACAAUUGCAGCUGGAUCUGCAUUUUUUGUAGCCAAUAAAUAUUUCCAUCGUAAUGAUGAUAAAAACGAAAAGAAGGGUCACCAAAAAUGAAUAAAUGUUCUGAAAUAUAAUGUACUCUUGCUUGUAAUUCAACAUGAAUCUGUAAUAUUUAUUUCUCGAAUAAAAAAAAUUGAUUUAGAAA